CAAUCUGUCCGAAUUGACUACCAAAUACACAAACACAAGUGCCGUAUUUGCAAGUGUACCAGUGUCCAAGAGUAUGGGUGUGUGUUAGUACUUGUAUCUGUUUCGUGUCCUAAAAUUUAACAUUGGAUAGUUUGAGUUGUUGUCUCCUCCAAAGCCACCUUUGUUGAAAACAAAAACUCAACAGAACUCACCAAGACCAUGGAGUUGACUUCGUCAACAAACAAAACACAAGAAUUGGAUGCACCCCUUUACACCAUCGGCUUCGAGAUUGACGAAUUGUCGCCGGAAAAAGUCACCGGCCGGCUGCCGGUCACCCCCAAAUGUUGCCAGCCGUUUAAGGUGUUACAUGGAGGGGUGUCAGCGUUGAUAUCGGAAUCAUUGGCAAGUAUGGGGGCCCACUUGGCGUCUGGGCUCAAAAGGGUGGCCGGAAUUCAUCUGAGUAUCAACCAUCUCCGGCGGGCUGAUCUCGGGGAGCUCGUCUUUGCUGAGGCCACCCCUGUUUCCGUCGGCAAAACAAUUCAGGUAUGGGAGGUAAAACUCUGGAAGUUGAAUGAUCCCUCGGAUUCUGAGAGCAAGUCGUUCGUAGCGAUAUCACGUGUUACCCUUAUAACAAACUUGCCAGUGCCAGAGCAUUCCAAAGAUGCUGCCAAAACUAUAGUCAAGUAUGCAAAAUUAUGAGGCUAAAGUAGAUUUAUUCAUUGCAAAAUUAUGAGUCCCUCCACCAUAUGAUGUAGUUUAUACCAAGUGUAUAUGUAUCUGUUCAAUAAUAUACAUCAGUUUAAUUCUUGGCCAAUAUAUUUGGUUGUACCUCUAAACUGUUAGACAAUAUGCUGAGCAAGAUUAUAGAGCAUAUAGGCAAUAAAAUCCGAACCUGACCAUUUA